GCCCCUCGUGACCAGGUGCGAACGUGGUGCUCGAGCGACUAGUGCGAGCGGUUGACCAGUAUUGUCUCGCCAUUCUCUUCCCGGUUAGUGCUCCGCUCGACAAUCAGCUACCAAAAGUCGUGCCUACUUUGGGUCGGUCUCUGUCUCUUCGUUGUACAAGAAGCUCAAGACAAGGCGAUCGACCGGUAAGGACGUCAUCAGGACAGGUGAACGACGAUGGCCACCGACCAGGCAGGAAAUGCCGGAAAAGCAAACGAAGGACCACCACCUGCAGCUGCCGUGCCAUCUCCCACCGGAGCACCGGCCCCCACGUCAUUACGAGGUCCGGCGCCACCGAUCGCUGCAGCGUCAAAGCGCGAUGCCCUUGCCCCCAUUGCCUGUGCGGCGCUGUCUGCAGAAGUGCGCGGACCAAAGGCUCCGGCGGUCGCCGCGCCACUAACGCCAAAGAGCGCUGUGCUAGCUGGCGCUGUGCCGUCUGCUAGAGCGCAUUGGCCGGCUGCGGCAGCGCGUGAGCCGAAACGUGGCUUGCCGGUUCCAGCGAUCGUUUCGAUGUCAGCGCUGAGCCCGCCGAGUCCGCUGGGUCCAGCUAUCAUAGCAGCACCGUUGAUGACGCGCGGACCACUGGUGUUUCGGACGAAGAAAGACCAGGCCAUCCAAGCGCCGAUUCGGCCACCGGUCUCUCCGGGGCCCGCACACGGCCCAAACGAGGGCGCUCCUCUUAUGCCACCGGCGGGCCAGCAGGCCAGGGGGAACCACCUGCCGCCAGUGUCGGCAUCGCCAUUCCUGCGACCUAUGACCAUCGGUCCCGGGGGCACGCCCGAGCUCGUAGCCUUCCCGCCCGGCUGGCGUUGCCCGCAGGCGCGCGCCCAGCCUGAGGCGGCGUUAGCAGCCCAGGACGCUCAAGCCGCUCCGGAGCAGAAGGUACUUUAUCCGCUUAUGGAGCUUGCCGACAACGACGACAGCCUGACGAGUCGUCCCAGCACCCCUCAAGAAGCACCGCCCGAGAGAGAGGAUGAGCAGUGCGGCUUCUUCUGGUUCCGGCCGCCUUUCCUGCGCGUCUUCCGCACUCCCGCCUGGGUGCUCCUAAGCCUGUGCUCGAUCGAGUUCACCCAGAGUUUCGUCAGCAGCGGCGUGCUCAGCGUGGUGCUGCCCACCAUAGAGCGGCGCUUCAACCUCAGCAGCCUCGAGACCGGCAUGAUCCUGAGCGCAUUCAACGUGAUCAACUCCUUGUUCAUCGUGCCUGUGGCCUUUCUGGGGAGCACGCGCCACAAGCCAGUCAUUAUAUCGUCCGGCAUGGCGAUCAUGGCGGCCGGCUCGUUUAUGUUCUUCCUGGCCUACGCGCUCGCGCCUUCCUACGUCUACGGCGCCGAAAUGCCGGACCUGUGCUACGCGACGCCCCCGCCUCUGAACCAGACAGUGGACACGUGCGGCGAGCAGAGCAUUCGCGACUUCCGCUUCCUGCUCAUUCUCGGCAGCAUGCUGCAGGGCGCAGGCGUGACGCCGCUCCACACGCUGGGCAUGUCCUUCCUGGACGAGAACUUGCCCGUGAGGCUCACCUCCCUCUUCAUCGGAACGUACAGUGCCAUGGCUGUGCUGGGACCCGCCUUUGGCUUUCUCGUUGCCGGAUACUUUCUAUCUGUGUUCGUCGACUUGAAGGACGUCAGCCAGCUCGGCCUGACAAGUCAAAGUUCGGUGUGGAUCGGCGCUUGGUGGGUCGGAUUCUUGGUGGCAGCCAUUAUGGGCGGUAUCGUCAGCAUACCGAUGGCCACUUUUCCUAAACACCUGCCGUCGUACCAGCAUUGCCAGAUGGUGCGUCGACUGUAUUCGAACAAGGGCUACACCGAGCAGGACAGCACGUACGGCCAGUACAUGAACGAACUCCCGCGCUCCAUCCUCUCGCUCCUCAAGAACAUCCCCUUCGUCAUGAUGACCCUGGCAUCGGUCACCGAAGCAAUGGUCGGCACUGCCGUUGCUGCCUUUUCGGUGAAGUUCUUCGAAGCCGAAUUCGCUAUGACACCUUCAAGAACAGCCGCUGCUCUGGGCAGCAUAUUGAUUCCGGCCGGCGUAGGCGGGACCUUGAUGGGCGGCGCACUGGUGUCCAAGCUGGACAUGACCAUCCGCGCCAUGUUAAAAUUGUGCUGCGUCACUAGCGUCAUCCCUUGGCUCUGCAUGUGGACCUUCAUGCUGCACUGCCCCAACCCGCACUUCUUCCACGGGGAAACUUGGAGCAGCAACCGCAGCGUGGCCUUCACCAGCGAGUGCAACGAGAACUGCCACUGCGGGACGCAACUGCUGGACCCCAUCUGCUCGGUUGAGAACGUGAUCUACGCGUCACCCUGCUUCGCCGGUUGCGCCGAGAAAGAGAUCGUGCCGAACCCCGAGGACGAAAACUGGGAACUGCAAGUGUACAAGAACUGUUCCUGCGUGCCGACCCCGCCUGGCGCGCCGAUGAAUGAAACCGUAUACGAUUUCGAUGCGACGCGUCUGAAGUGCUCGACCAACUGCAACCUGCUGGUCACCUACAUGGUCUUCAUAUUCAUCUGCGUAUUUUUCUCUUUUUUCUGCGCAGCUCCUUCUAUCACCAUUAUGAUGCGCUGCGUCGAAGAGAAAGAGCGAGCUGUGGGCCUCGCCGUGAAGUGCGUCAGCGUCCGCCUGUUCGGCAACAUCCCAGCACCUCUAGUGCUGGGCUCCGUGAUCGACCACAGCUGCGUAAUGUGGCAGGAGAUGUGCAACGAGCGCGGCGCCUGCCUCCUCUACAACAACAAGUUCCUCGCGCUCAGCAUGCUCGAGUUCCUGGUGCCCGUCAAGACAGGCUCCAUCAUCCUGUUCGGCGCCGCCCUAGUGAAGCUGCGGAAUCUCGAAGAAUAAAUAGACCAACUUCCUCGUGCGACCGUUGGGGCGGCACCCCUUCCCUCUCCCACGCACCCCCUACCCUUUCUUUUUUUUCUGCUAAACACUGUUGGUAAAGAAAUAUCGCGUAUCUUUUCUUUCAGUUUUAAGAUUAUUUUGUGCCGGCUUUUUGACCGCUGUUGCGUCUUCUGACGUUAUUUCUGGACCGAUUCAGUGGACAGUGUAGCAUAGGUGGGCGUUGACAAAACGCCGAGAAUGUUCCCUAGACCGCCUCGAUUUGAAUGUGGCGGAAUUCAGGGCCGUCAAGCACCGUGUCGCAAAUCGCAGCACGCUCUGGUGACACGCUUUGGCUGGGCGAGUGCUCGCUCCCUCAUCUAGAUGGCGACACCAUCCGGCCUCCUUGCAAAACAUGAGUGCUAACAGCGCUGGUAGCGCGCUUGUCAAUAAAUGGUGAUGUGUGAUAAAACAUU